AGGACCUCGGGCCUGGGUUUGAUCCAGCUCCCCGCUCACUGUCUGUGUGACGUAACCUCUCCUCUGCCUCAGUUUGCUCAUCUGUAACAUGGGCCUGCAGGUGACAGUACUUCAUUCCUAGAGUGACAGGAGCCCUACCGACUUAAUAUGUGUGAAGUGCUUAGAAUGGUGCCUGGCACAGCCCUGUCCAAGCUUGUUGUUGCUGUUAUUAUGGGAAGGAGGCUCUGGGGAAAUUCUAAAUCCUCGCCCUUGGCAGCAGCACCACUGCGCCCUCCUGGCCCCACUCUCCGCCCCCGGGGUGGGGGUGUGAGAACACGGAGUCCAUUGCAUCACCCACGGCACAUGUGGUUGGCCUCAUCCUGUUUCCUACUGGCUGGGUUUCUAAAUGGGAGGGAUAGCUGUGUGGCCCCGGGGCGGUAGGAACCUGCCAUGGUCAUGCCCCAGCUGGCCAGACUGGAGGAAGGAGGGUGCUGGAGCCAGGGAGGAAGUGGGAGGAGGAAGUGUCUCUGCCUGCUCGAGGGGAAAUUUUGGAACAAGCAGUUUCUUUCUGCAUGUACUUUUGCUCUGAGCUUCCCUUUCUUUGAAACUCCCUAGUCCCGUGGCCCUCGGCCCUUGCUGGUUGGCCACCAGUGGGCUCCUGUAUUGUCAAUGCCUCCCCACUGUCUCCCCUCUGGGGAGCCCAGCCUGCUGUUUGGAGGAUUAGCUGGAAGGGGCGAAUGAAUCACGGCCCUCUCGCCAUCCUGAAGCUGUCUGCGUUUUUAAAAGCAAGACUCUCUGAUCUCAAAUGAAUUUGAAAUUGCUGGGGUUUCAAGCAGGGAGGAAAAUGGAGGUGAAAGCUUUGACUGGUGUUGAGCUGGUCUCCGAGAUGGGCCCCCACGGUCCUGCCUCCAGCUGUUUGUGCCUAGGCACGGUCCCUUCCCACGUUGAACCACUCAGGGCUGACCUGUGUCACCAGUAGGACACUGUGGAAGUGAUGGUGGGUGGCUUCUGAGGCUAGAUCAUUAGAGACUCUCCUGCUUCUGCUCUGCUCCCUCGGGUCACGCCCUCUGGGGGAAGCCAACUGCCACAUCAGGAGGACACUCAAGCAGUCCUGUAGGGCUGCCCAGAUGGUAUAGAACCAAGGACUCCUGCCAACAGCCAGCACCACCUUGCUAGCCAUGUGAGGAGCCACCUUAGCAGUGCAUCGUGUGGGCCCUGCCAGCUCUCAGAUGACUGCGGCCCUGGCUGACAUCUUCACUAUAACCUGCUGGGAGACCUUGAGUCAUACACGCCCAACCAAGCUGUUUCCAAAUUCCUGACCGACAGAAACUGUGUGUAACUAGCAUGGUCAGUGCAGGAGCCAUGAGUGGCUCUGGAAACCUGAUGGAUUUCCUCGAUGAGCCGUUCCCUGAUGUGGGGACGUAUGAAGACUUCCACACCAUCGACUGGCUAAGGGAAAAGUCACGGGAUACUGACAGACACAGGAAGAUAACCAGCAAGAGCAAGGAGUCGCUGUGGGAGUUCAUCAAGAGUUUGCUGGAUGCCUGGUCAGGAUGGGUGGUGAUGCUGCUCAUCGGCCUGCUGGCGGGCACUCUGGCUGGCGUCAUCGAUCUCGCCGUGGACUGGAUGACAGAUCUGAAGGAAGGGGUUUGCCUAUCUGCCUUCUGGUACAGCCACGAGCAAUGCUGCUGGACUUCCAACGAGACCACUUUUGAGGACAGGGACAAGUGUCCCCUGUGGCAGAAAUGGUCAGAGCUGCUGGUGAAUCAGUCGGAGGGUGCCAGUGCUUACAUUCUGAAUUACUUAAUGUACAUCCUGUGGGCGCUGCUGUUUGCAUUUUUGGCCGUCUCCCUGGUGCGUGUAUUUGCGCCAUAUGCCUGUGGCUCUGGUAUACCAGAGAUAAAGACUAUUUUGAGUGGCUUUAUCAUCAGGGGCUACCUGGGGAAGUGGACUCUGCUAAUCAAGACGGUCACCCUGGUGCUGGUAGUGUCCUCCGGCCUGAGCCUUGGGAAAGAAGGGCCGCUGGUGCACGUGGCCUGUUGCUGCGGCAACUUCUUCAGCAGCCUUUUCUCCAAGUACAGCAAGAACGAGGGCAAGAGGCGCGAGGUGCUGUCAGCUGCAGCAGCUGCUGGAGUCUCCGUCGCCUUUGGUGCGCCGAUUGGGGGUGUGCUUUUCAGUCUAGAAGAGGUCAGUUACUACUUUCCCUUGAAGACCUUAUGGAGGUCAUUUUUUGCGGCCUUGGUGGCGGCCUUUACACUGCGAUCCAUCAAUCCCUUUGGGAAUAGCCGCCUUGUUCUCUUUUACGUGGAAUAUCACACGCCCUGGUACAUGGCUGAACUCUUCCCCUUCAUCCUGCUUGGAGUCUUCGGAGGCUUGUGGGGAACCCUCUUCAUCCGCUGCAACAUUGCCUGGUGCAGAAGGCGCAAGACCACCAGGCUGGGGAAGUACCCGGUGCUGGAGGUCAUCGCGGUGACCGCCAUUACCGCCAUCAUCGCCUACCCCAAUCCCUACACGCGCCAGAGCACCAGCGAGCUCAUUUCCGAGCUGUUCAAUGACUGUGGGGCCCUUGAGUCCUCCCAGCUCUGUGACUACAUCAACGACCCCAACAUGACCCGGCCUGUGGAUGACAUUCCAGACCGGCCAGCCGGAGUUGGGGUUUACACAGCCAUGUGGCAGCUGGCCUUGGCACUGAUCUUCAAAAUCGUUGUUACCAUAUUUACCUUUGGCAUGAAGAUCCCGUCAGGCCUCUUCAUCCCCAGCAUGGCUGUGGGAGCGAUGGCGGGCAGGAUGGUGGGAAUCGGCGUGGAGCAGCUGGCUUACCAUCACCACGACUGGAUCAUCUUCAGGAACUGGUGCAGACCUGGGGCAGACUGUGUCACGCCAGGACUCUAUGCCAUGGUGGGAGCCGCAGCCUGCCUAGGUGGAGUUACCAGGAUGACGGUGUCAUUGGUGGUCAUCAUGUUUGAAUUAACGGGUGGUCUGGAGUACAUUGUGCCCCUGAUGGCGGCGGCCGUGACCAGCAAGUGGGUGGCGGAUGCCUUUGGGAAAGAAGGUAUCUACGAGGCCCACAUCCACUUAAACGGGUACCCAUUUCUCGACGUGAAGGACGAGUUCACGCACCGCACGCUGGCCACCGACGUCAUGCGGCCCCGGCGGGGAGAGCCGCCGCUGUCGGUGCUCACCCAGGACAGCAUGACAGUUGAAGACGUAGAGACGCUCAUCAAGGAGACCGACUACAACGGCUUCCCCGUGGUGGUCUCCAGAGACUCCGAGCGCCUCAUCGGGUUUGCGCAGAGGAGGGAGCUCAUCCUUGCGAUAAAGAACGCCAGACAGAGGCAGGAGGGCAUCGUGAGCAAUUCCAUCAUGUACUUCACGGAGGAGCCCCCCGAGCUGCCGGCCAACAGCCCGCACCCCCUGAAGCUCCGGCGCAUCCUGAACCUCAGCCCUUUCACGGUGACAGACCACACCCCCAUGGAGACGGUGGUGGACAUCUUCCGGAAGCUGGGGCUCCGGCAGUGCCUGGUGACGCGGAGCGGGAGACUUCUUGGCAUCAUCACGAAAAAGGAUGUUCUAAGACAUAUGGCCCAGAUGGCAAACCAGGACCCUGAAUCCAUCAUGUUUAAUUAACAACAAGGUGGCAAUUAUUUUGAGGAAAACACUGACUAUGUCAUUUUAAAAGAAAUAAACAAAUGAUGCAUCAUUAUCCCAAUGAAAAAUCAUGCGCUGAGGGCAGCAGAAACAAAAGUUUUGUUUGAAAGGAGGGGAAGAAGGAUGAAAUCUUUUUUACAAAAACAGAAACAUCCAUGAAUAGGCAUUUUAUAGCUUUAACCCCAUAUGAGUUUCAAACUGUGUUUCCUGAUGUGUUCCUGACUGCUGGGGGGCCCGUGGGUGGGUGUAGGUGCUGUGGUCUAUACAAGGACGCGGAACACGAAUGCCCAGCGGGGAAACUUUUACCCUUUCUGCUCAAGGCUGAUGUUUGUAACUUACGAACACACGUGAAGCUUUGAGUCCAAAAGGCAAAGGGGUAUCAGCAUGUCGGUGUCCUUAUUUAUUGGUUCCUAAAGUUUUGCUGCUACGUUACUGAGUCAUAAGAAACACAUUUACACUUGCUUUGUUGGAAAAGAAAAAGAAAUUAAAUUUGAACACGGUGAAAGCUGUAAAUAUGCCAGUGGGUCUGCUCACGACCAUCCCGUUUCUUGCUCCUGUUCUUAGCCCCUUAUUUGGCUUCUCCGUCAGUGUCUGAACCAACAUCAGGGGCACCCGGCAUGAUGGGUGUGAAGAAAUCAUUUCUCUAUGUGAGACCAGCGUCUUGGGACUGCACAAUGAACUACUGGAGCGUGUAGUGCUGCCCUGUCUCCUUCUGUACAAAGGAACGCGUCCUUAUUUUGAGGGUGUACACACCCCAUCAUUGCUUUGCAUUCCCAUUGCAUUUGCUUCAUUUAUUUAUUGCUGUGCUUAUGCAUUCUUAAGUACUGAUCAGCUCAGCACUUCCAUGGGCCGCAGCCUGUGUGCCCCCAGCCUGCCGUAAGCGUGCUUUAAUUUCCAAGUAGCAUAUGCAAGAGUCAAAACAGGCUGCCAGUGUUACUACUUAUUUUUCCUCUCAGGUCUUAUCAGAUACGGCUGUGGAGAGGGUGAGGCAUACGAGUUCUCAGUGGGAACUCCUCCAAGUGGAUUGCAAGAGAAAUACUAAAUCGAUUCUCUAUCUGUUCCAUUUUCUUCUCUAUAGGAUGCAAAAUGUCCAGUUUUAAUGUAUGAGCAUGCACUUUCCUACUAGCAAUCACAGCACAGGAGGACAGCAUUAACUUUUAUACAGCCAAUUUGAGCAUUGGGCAUCUUUGUAUUUGAACUUAAUGACACGUGUUCUUUUAGUCAAGAGCUCUGUCUUUUCUGCAGGAAGGAGUUAAGCUAUGGCUUAGGUCCACUGUGUGAUCUGUGUAAAUAGGAUUGAUCCCACUUGCCCUUUCACUUUUGUCUUUGUCCCUUCCUUUUCACAGAAUCAUCCUCAUCCUUUCCGAUCUCAGUGUCACUGGUUAGUGGUAUAUCGGUUAGGUGUGCAUUUGCCUGCAAGUAGCAGAAAAUCCAACAGAGAGUGAAGGGCUGAAUAAGUGUGGGAGGUGGGCACUCCAGGACUGUUCCUAUAAUGUCACCAGGGAUCCACACUCCUUUGGUAUUUCUUUUUCACCAUCCUUACCCUUUGUCCUUCGGCUUAUUGCCUCGUAGUCGCCAGAUAUUUGCUGAACUGCUGGGUGUCAUGUCUGCUUUCUAAGUGGGGGGAAGGAAGAGGUAAGUCACAAGAUGUAGUGUCUCCAUCAGGAAAGCAAAGCUUUCCCACAGGCGCUCAGCUCAUGUCCAUUGGCUAGAAAUCUGUCACGUGGCUCCUCCUGGCCGCACAGUAGUGUGGGAAGGAAAAUUUUAGCUAGGCACAUUACUCUCUGAACAAAGUUCAAGUACUCUUAAAAGGAAGGGGGGGUUGGUCCUUUGGAGGGGAAGAUGUCUGCCGUACUGGAGGCCAUCAUUGUGUCCUUGUCAUCACCCUUCCUAUCUACUGUCUUGCUAAACCCUUGCAAAUGCUCUUCUAACCUGCCCGCUUCCCACCCCUUCUCUCAGAUUUGACCUAAAAUUCCUUAUCAGAAUCCAUAAUUUCUUAGCCCUAAUAAGGAUUUUCAAUUUUGAUAAAAACCUAGCUCCAAGUGGGUUUCUAUGAAACUUCUAGUUAAUGUGCAAAAAUAUAUUUUCCCUGAGUUAAAAAAUUUUAAGUCAGAUCAUGCUGACACACUAUGGAAAAUUGGUUUCUGUAAUUCAUUGGCCUCCUUCAAAGUGACAUAAAAUAGCCAUGCCAGCAUGGAAAUACCCAGGCAAUCAUAGAGAAUUUAAUCUUUGGUCCUAUAAUAGAAUGAAAUUCAUUGUCUCAUUUACAGCACAUACGCAUUGAAUAACAGCUGCUAAUGUUAGUGUUGUUAUUGGGGUUACCACGGAACAUUUGCAAGUGAAACUGGAUUCUCCUGGACUUUAAAUCCUAAAAAGUCUUAAAGAUUGCUCCGUGUAGUCCUCCUCUUAUUCCCGUGUGGUCCCUUCGGAGCCGCCUGUAAUGAGAAAGAAAGUAUUAGUCAUAGCCUGGCUUUAUCGAGGCCAGGAGGUCCUUUUAGCUGAAGCUAGUAGCCUCAAAAGGGAACACGAAACAGUGAAAAGAUAGCCAAAGGUCAGUGAAACCACAGAAUUUCCUUCUAAUCCUGCUGAAGCCAUGGAGGGGACAAGGGGAUAGUUUAUUCUGGGCCAAGGUCACCGAGGGGGAACUUGGCAUUUGUGUCCUCCCCAGUGCUUAGUGCAGAGAUGUCCAUGAAUUCGUGAGAAGCAAUUGGAAGAGUUACUUAACUGAAAUAACCCAGGCUUACUUAUCUUUGCAAGUUGAGCCUCUAGCUUGUUGUGGGGUUUAGACUCUCCUCGACAAAAGGCCAGGGUCAGGCGGGCAGAUGAAGGUCAAGGGCGGGGAGUCGGCAGUGGAGACUACUGCAGUGAAUCGCCUUCCUCACAUGGGGCCCUGACCCAGCCAUGUGGUCCAUCACCCCGCGGCCUGCGGUCUCUUUCAAACUCCAUGGGGAACAUGCUGCCUUGCUCUUUGUCACUCUUUCUUGUACAAGGGUAGGGGUUCUGAGGGCAUUUGCUGUAUCCAAAUGCAGAACUUCAGUCCACUUUACCUGGUAAUGUGAUGAACAGAACUGGGGCAUGAAGGGAAAAUAAACAUCUUUCAUAAUAAUUGUUUUCUUUUCCAGAACCAAAGGCUUUAGACAUUUGUUGAACUUUUCUGGAUUCUUUCUGAGCCAGUCUUUAAUGUAUAAAACCAUCAGUACGUUGUGGAGAGGAGCUCUCCACUGGGGCCCAUUGCCUGUUUCUUGCUCUCCCUCGCUAUUAACUAAGGAAAUGUGUUGUAGUAGGACACCAAAUAAACGGGAUCCUGGAAGUGACAUGUGCAUUUCUUCGAAGUGUUUUUCAGCACAUCCUCUGGGAAUACGGGUGCUUGCGUGGCUUUUAGGGAAAAGUAAAUGUGCUAGAAGUCAGCCAUUCGGUAUUCAGUGCUCGCUGUUACUUGGAACCAGGCAGUCUCAAAGUUCUCUAUUCAGUCCUUUCCAAAGGCCUUACACAGGAGAAGACGUGUAAAUAGAUAGAUUUUGAGCCCUAAUAAGUCACAGAAACUGAAAAUUUUAGGGCAGUUUGUUUCAUUUAGGUGAGAGCUGAUUACUUUAAAUUAUCAACAUGUGCAAAUUCUGCUUAGUAUUCAUUAUCAGAUGCUGAGCUGGAGAAGAUGAGAAACCCAAGGAGAACGAUUGAAUUACACGUAAUUGUAAUAUUACACUUUCAUUUUAAUUUCGCAUGGGCAGUGUUUUAUCAGGCUGAGCUUCUAGCCUUUGAAAUGAUUUACACGAGGAGGGAGCCUGUAUAUCUGACUUGGGAAACAUUAACCAGACCCCAUUUUCACCAGCACAGUAAUAACUAUUUAUUUGCCAUCCUAGAGGUGCUGGGAAUGAGCCUGCGUGCGACUUUUAUGAGAUAUAUUCGCAUUUGGUGUUGGAACGACCACAUAGCAAUGUGUUGGGUUUUUUAUUGUAACGUUCUGUGUAAACGUUGGCACCUUAUUAAAAAUUAAAUGUUUGAACUCUAUUUUUAAAAAUAAAACAAGCACAGAGUCCUCAACA